AUGGCAAGUGGCACGUCUACGGGUGGUGCUGCGGCCAGCGCCGCAGGAGGACUCCGCCUUGACGUACCCACCUGGGACGGAGAGCCCGACAAACUCCUGUCGUACCGUUUCGACAUCGGGCUCUUCACGAAGAGCUAUAAGCUCCAGGACAGGUAUGUGGUAGGGCCCCAGCUGGUGCGCGCCCUGGGCGCCCGGACGCGCCGACUGGCGCAGGCCUGCCCCGACGUCGAGGGGAUUGACGAGGUCUCCGACAAUGGCAAGCUCGAAGGCUGGCAGCGCGUCUUCGAGUUUCUCCUCUCGAAGCUCGACCUGUCCAACGUGAAUGAGAUGGGGAACUCAGCGGAGAAGUUCUUCAAGAAGCUGCAGCGGGAGGUCGGGGGGGGCUUCCCCGACUGGACGGCGCGCUGGGAGGCCCACGAGCGGGACCUCAUGGCGCAGCUGAAGGCGGUGGACGGUGCCGUGACUGAGGUCAUCGCCGGCCCGCUGAGGACGUGGUGGUACUUGCGGCGAUUGCGGCUGUCACCAGUCGCCCGCGGUGAGAUCACCGCCAUGGCGGGCGGCGACUACGACUACGACAAUACAUACAAGGCGCUGUGCACACGGUGCCCGCUGGAGGCGCUGAAGGAGCUCGACGGGGUCCGCGAGAAGAAGGACAGGCGCGCGGGCUUCUACGGCGAGGCUGACGACAACGAUGUCGACCACAACGACGGUGACCGGUCCGAGCUCGCGGACAUCGUGGAUCAGCUGGUGACUCUGGCCGACGACGCGAUGAUGCUGGACGACCUGGAAGACACCGAGGAAAACGAGAACGGCAUCUACGCGGAGUUCAAGCAGAUGGGUAGGAACUUCAAGGACGCGAGGGACCUCAUCAGGAUGAGGUGCUUGGCCUGCCGCAAAUUCGGACACCAGGCAAAGGACUGCCCGGAGAGGAACAAGGCGCGCGACAGGCCCCAGCCCAACGAGACCACCUCGUUCGCGCUCCUCGAGCUGGGGGAGUUAGUCCUCCUCCUGGACGACGAGAGCGGCAUCUGGGCAAUCCUGGACUGCGGGGCUACUCGGAGCCUGAUCGGGGUCACGAUGGCGGAGAAUCUGGUCUACGACAUGAAGGAGAGGCACGACAUCCACUUCGACCUGGUGGAGCUGACGCGGUGCUUCACUUUCGGCGACGGCAAGCGCAAGAGCUCCAUGGGGACCAUGACAGGUGACAUCUUUCUCGGCGACGGGCGGGAGAAGAUAGAGAUCUCCAUCAUGGACAAUGAGGUGCCGCUGCUGAUCGGGAUGGACAGUCUCGGAUUAGACUACGCUUGCGCCCUGAUCGACUGCGGGAACGGCUACCUGAUGUUACCAAGGCUCUCCAGCCACAUCUUCCAGUGCUGGAAGAUGCCGAGCGGACACCUGGCGAUCAACGUGACGACUCCGACGUGGUGGCAGCACGUCCCUCGCGGCAUCCCGAACAUCACUGAGCUACACAGCGAGAAGGCCCUGGUGGAUGUCAGUGACCUGCCCGAGGCCAAGGUCGGGACCGAGCAGACGGGCUCGGCGGAGCCUCUGUCGGGCGCGGCUGUCACGCCCUCGAGUCCCCCCUCGAACCUCUCGUCCUUCGGAUCCCUCUACUGCGCCUGCAGCAUCCCCGACGAUGACUUCUACGACCACGAAACCGAAGCCACUCUCGCGGACAUCUUGGCAGACAUCUUCGGGUACCCUGAGAGCCUCUACAAGACAUGCGAGGACCCACCUGGAGACACCUCUACAGGAGACAGCGACCAAGAGGGGACGCGAGCAGCUCUGAACCAAGAGGACCUCGACGUCUUGCAGGAAGCUAUCGACCUGUACGACCUCGGCUACAAGGAGGAGAUCGGGGACGACCUCAACUUUCUAGUCCGCCAGGGCCGAUACGACCUCCUGGAGGUCUGCACGCCGCCUACUUCCGCUUUGGCUCAGGCGGUGAUCGACCAGGGUGGGCUCGCCUUUCGCGCUGGAGAGCACAGCGGUUUCGACAUGGCGACCAAGACCGGAGUUCGACGCCUGGCCCCUUGGAUACACCAACACCGGCUCCGACCUAUCGUGAUGACCCCCCCCUGCACCGCGGGCUGCCAACUGCAGAACUGGAACCAGAAGACCGCGGAGGACCGAGAGAAGCUUCGCAGGAAGGUGCAGAAGGCCAGGCGGAUUCAGGCAGGGUGCGAGACCCUCCUCUCCAUCGGGCUGCAGUACCACGGGACGGAGGUGGACCCCGAACAGCCUCAGCGUUCACAGAGCUGGUCACGAUCUGCUUCUCUGCGGCGCAUCAAGGAGCAGACCUACGAGACGCUGGUGUCGGGAUGCGCCUACGGACUACGUUGUCCUCGCAGCGGCUUGCUGCUGCCCAUGGUCUGGAAGAUCUGCUCCACGGAUCCCGAGCUACAGAAGGCGAUCGGCAAGAGGUGCAGCAACCGUCUAGGGCGGCAUGACAACCAGGAGCAUGGCGAGAUCAUUGGCGGGAAGGUCGUGGCCUCGACGGCGUUCUAUCCAGCUGCUCUGUGCAAGACCUGGGUCCGCGCAGGAGGCGGAGCUGCUGCUGGCUCUCAGGCACUCCUCACCUGCGACAGCGUGGAGGACGAGCAGAUCUACGCCGACAGUGCAGGAGACGACGACGUCAAGCCUGAUGACCCAGUCGAGCCCGAUGAGCAGAUCUACACGGAUACCGCGGGGGACGACGACGUUGCGCCUGAUGACCAGGCCGAGUCCGACGACGAGCUCGACGGGAACGACGGCCAGGAGCUGGCCAAGGACGGAGGCCGCCUGAGCACCAAGGAGCAGGAGAUCGAGCACCGUCUCGGCCGGCUUCAUCGCAAUCUCGGUCAUCCCAGCGCUCGGACGACGGUGAAGAUGCUGAAGAACUCGGGUGCCAGCCUACAGGUGCUGAAGAUGGCAAAAAACUUCAAGUGUCACGCCUGCGACUCCUCCGUGCUGCCGAAGGCCGUUCGGACCGCUGCAGGCAUCGAGAUCCCCGAGGUCUUCGAAGUGAUGGGCAGUGACGGCUUGGAGUGGACCGGCCCCAAGGACGACGCGAUCUACCUGAUGACGCUCAACCUCGAAGAGGGGGGAUGUCACCGUGCCGAGCUGACCAAGGGUUGGUGCAGCUCUCGCGGCAUCGAGAUGUUCAUUGCACCUGGCGAGGCCCACUGGCUCAUGGGCAAGGUCGAGCGGCGCAUCCAGCUCUUCAAGAGGACGCUCACCAAAUUUCGGAAGCAGAACUACGACUGCGACAUCGACGAGGCCAUCAGCCAAGUCAUCCACGCCAUCAACGACCUCGACAAGGUGGGGAGCCAUUCCCCCUACGCCCACGCCUUCGGCAUCGGCGGCGCCCAGGGUUCGAACAACCCCUUCGCCAUCAUCGACGACGAGAACGGCGAGAGCAGAGAGCAACACCGCCUCUCUGCCAGACAAUCCUUCAUCGAGGCCGAGCGCGUGGUCGUCGAGCUGACCAACAUGGAGAAAAAAGGUGCUUCCAUGUCGGACCUGAUGGAGGUGGCUCGGCGCGGGACCUUCGAGGACCUCACCAACGAGAGCCGUCCAGCCAUCCAGCACUUCGAGCCUCAGACGGUCAUGCCUCCCGUGACGCAGGCAGACACGACUACAGACGAGCCGAUGGAGGAUGAGGCACCUGGACUAGAAGCUGACGCUCCAGGACCCUACUCCGACACGAAGGGCCAAGAUAGUGUGGACCAGGCGAACAGUGAGGACGAGCUCUUCGUAGAUGUGAACACGCUCAGGGAGUCUGGGCCCACCGACUUCGAGUUUAUUGACGAGAACAUGACAGUCUACUUCGAGAUGCUGAAAUCCGAGCUCACGAACAGCCAAGGGGGCUGCCGUCUCACGUCCCAGAUGUUGGACUGCUUCGUGGCCAACCAGAAGCGCAAGGACAAGAUCGAGUUCUACUGGGGUAAAUUAUCACCCUCUGAGAAGGUCGAGUUCCAGGCUGCCAUGACGAAGGAGGUGACGAACUGGAAGCAGUACAAGGGACUACGGCCGGUGCCGCUGGGUGCUGACGCGAAGGCCGACGGAACUGCGAAGGCUCGUCUAGUCCUCCUCGGCUACCAAACCAAGGACAUCGGGGAGGAGCCUACCGCCUCACCGACGGCGUCCAGACGCGCCCGGAAUAUCCUGCUCACCAUCGCGGCCGCGAACCACUGGAACAUCGUUAAGGGCGACGUGACCAGAGCCUUCCUCCAGGCCUACGACCUCAAGAAGGACCUGUUCGUCGAGGCCGACGAGGCUCUCUCCUCUGCCUUCGGCGUUCAACCUGGUGAAGUUCUUCGGGUAAUGAAGCCAGGCUACGGCAUCGGAGAGGCUCCAAGGAAGUGGUGGCUCACGGUCAAGUCGGACUUCGCCAAGCUGGGACUGCAGGCCUGCGACCUCGAACCGUGCCUCUGGUGUCUGCGCUGUCCUUCGACGAAGGAGCUCCUCGGGUUGGUCAUGUGCCACGUGGACGACUUUAUUCUCUGCGGCGAUCGAGGACAUCCAUCUUGGAAGUCUGCCAUGAAGGGGAUCAAGGAGCUCUACACGUGGGGCACCUGGGAGAACAUGGAGGACGGUACCAACUCCAUCGAACAGUGCGGUGUCAUGAUCGAAUCCAACGAGAAGGGAUUCUUUCAGCAUCAGCGGGCCCACAUCGACAAGCUCAAGGAGAUAAACCCCAGGUACCACAAGGCUCGCUCCAAUGACAAGCUGACCGAGGCUGACCAGAGUAUCCUUCGGACGUGGUGUGGUGUUCUGUCAUGGCUUGGCGUGAAUACUCUACCCUGGGUGUCAGCCUGGGUUGCGGACGUGCAGAGCAAGAUUCCCGACGGCGACUACAAGCUCUUCAACAUCGCGAACAACAUUACCAAAAUGGUCAAGGCCAACCAAAAUGACGGGAUUCAGAUAUUUCGUCACGCCUUACCUGGAUGCCAGAGCGGGCCGCCUGAUUUCCGUGUGUACACCUGGUGCGACGCUGCCUGGGCUAGCCGACCGGACGGGCAUUCUCAAGGCGGACACGUGACCGCUCUGAGCUCAGCCGAGACACCGUUCCACGACGUGACCAACUUUACUGUUCUGGACUGGGGGUCGCGCAAGCUAAAGAGAGUCGCCUGGUCUAGCCUCGCUGCCGAGAUCCAGGAGGCCAGCGACGCCGAGGGCGAGCAGAUGAUGGUAAGGCUGGUCCUCUACGAGGUGCUCUUCGGACCCUUCGACCUUCACAAUCGCCAGCGGGCCCUGCUGGAAAUGCCAGCUACCCUCGUGACGGACUGCAAGGCCUUCUACGACGGAGUCGUGAAGUCAGAGUCGGCCGGCCUCGGACUGGACGAGAGGAGGACGGCUAUCGAGGCCCUCGCUCUUCGACGUGCUCUCGAGGAAGGUGGGACUUCAGUUCGCUGGGUGCACAGCCAUGCCCAACUCGCCGACGGCAUGACCAAGGCCAGCCUGCAGGCGUUCAACGUGCUCCAUGCUUUCUUGACGCACUA